CUGCAUGGUUUUCUUUUUUCUCAUCUUAUAGAGGUUGGAACCUGAACAGCUUUUGUUUGCAAUUUAUGUUUCCUUUACUGUUUUGUUUUUCACACCCUGCUCUGCUGUUCGGAGGACAACCCAGACUUGUGUAUGAUAUGAUAUUAUAUCAGUGAAUAGAUAAGACAUCAACAUGAACCAGCGGGGAGUCGUUUUUCUGUGUUUGAUGAUAUCUUGGAGGCUGCAAACUUCAUCAACCCAAAGCCAUGAAGAGGUGUGUCCAGGUACGCAGAACAGACUGAGCUCCACGGGCUCUCAGGAGAAUCAGUACAACCUGAUUAAAGACUGGUACAAUGGCUGUGAGAUCAUCAUGGGAAACCUGGAGAUCAGUCAGAUUGAGAGUAACAGGGACUUCUCCUUCCUCAACACGAUCCGUGAGGUGACCGGCUACAUCCUGAUCGUCAUGAACCACUUUCAGGAGAUUCCUUUAGGGCAACUGCGGAUCAUCAGAGGGAACAGCCUCUAUGAAAAACGCUUCGCCCUCUCUGUCUUCUUUAACUACCCCAAGGACGGAUCCAGUGGCCUGCGGCAGCUGGGGCUCGCAAAUCUUACAGAGAUUCUGGAGGGAGGAGUGCAGAUUAUCAACAACAAGUACCUGAGUUAUGGCCCUUGGAUCCACUGGAAAGAUAUCAUCAGGGACAGCAACGCUCUUAUUGACAUCCAGCACAACGGAGAGAGAGGCCCGUGCCACAAAUCUUGUGGCAAGUACUGCUGGGGGCCAAAUGAGGACCAGUGCCAGAUCUUGACUAAGACGGUGUGCGCUCCCCAGUGUAAUGGCCGCUGUUUUGGGACAAGCCCCAGGGACUGCUGUCACAUAGAGUGUGCAGCGGGAUGUAAAGGUCCUCUGGACGUGGACUGUUUU